AUGAAGUUCUUUACGGUAUUAUUCCUUAUCGCUUUCGCCGUGGUCCUUGUUGAUGGCCAACGUCGUGGACGUGGUGGACCUGGAGGAUUCCGUGGACGUGGCGGACUAGGCGGUAGACUCUUAAAUGGUGGUCCACGACUAGGAGGACGCGGUGGUCCUGGCGGUCGUGGCGGUUGUGGUGGUCUUCCUGGCCCACGUAAUUCCACUACUGUUGCACCAGCUGCCAACUCAACUGUUACACCCUCAGUUGUUGCCAGCUCAACUGUUGCAGCAAAUUCAACAACUACUACUACAACGACUACGACCACACUGGCUCCAUAA